AUUGUUUGAAUUAGAGUUUAAAGGGUUAAAGUCCAAUACAAAACUAAUUUGUGUGGAGGCUUAAGCUUUAUAUUUCCAGAUUACAACCUCUUAAUUUGGCAUUAGAUUUAUUGGCAGCUUAAAUUUUGUAAUCGAUAUACACGGUUUAAGCAGUCCAGUUGAUUAAGUAUAUGUGUUGCUAUUUUCUUUUUUUUAUUAAAUCAUAAAACACCCCAUCUCCCCUGUUUUAUAAACAGACCCACUUGCUCUGUUUUCAUUUUAAAAUCAACCCACACCACUGUUCUGUUUGGCUUUUGCCGAGCCGCAACAGCGAGUGACUAGCUUAUUCUACUGAGUCAGUGAGUCGAUUUCUGAAGUGUACUGAGUCGUCUUCCCUGUUAGUAUCGAGUCGAUGGCUAUGCUUUCGUUUUUGUCCUGUUGUUGUCUGAGUCUCCAUGUUUUGCUUUUACUGAGUCGAGUUUAUUUUGCCGAGUUCACUCUGCUGUGUAGCUCUUGAGUUCGGGUUUUGUACGAGUUGGUUAUUCUUGGUUUGUUCGAGUCCUGCUGAGUUUGUAGUUUUGCUGGUUGGAUUCUGCUGUGCCGAGUCGUGGCCCUGUACUAACUGCUGCGUUUCAUACGUUUACUGGGUUUCGUUUUUGCUUCGAGUUUCUCUGUUCUUCGACCAAUUUCUGUCUUUGAGUAUGUGUUGUUUCUGCUGAGUUAUGGCGUUUGUUUAUGUACAGAGUCACGGUGGUUUCUGCGAGUCGUGUAGUAUGGUUUCCGAGUUCAGAGUUGCCAUGUCUGCUAUUUCGUUUUUGUAGUUUGUCGAGUUUUUGCUGAGUCUUUUCUUUACUUUUACUGCUGCGUCUUUGCGAGUUUUUGGUUCCUGUUUCUCUGCCGAGUUCUUUCAUUUCCGAGUCACCAUGGCUGAAUAGCUGAGUUUUUGUCGUUACUUUCAUUUGGUUCUAAGCUGAGUUUUGAUGUCUUUUGUUCUUUUCAUUGCUUUGUACUGUUGAGUCGCCGAGUCUGAUAUUUUUGCCGUUUGUUUUAGUUUAGUCGCGAGUCCGUAUUGAUGCUUGAUGUAAUGAGUUUACUGCUGGUGUAGUUAAUUGUUUUUUUUUUUUGUUUACAGUCCACCACCGAGCACUAUCUUUGUAGCACUGGCCUUUGAGUAGUAAAAGAAAAUAAUGAAGUUUAGUUUUAUUUUUGCUGCGUUGAGAAUUCUGUGUCACUUAAUUAGUUGAAAAUGACAUGUGAGUUUGUUUAUUUACCGAGACAUGUGACUUUGGUUUUGGUUUAGAUUCUUUUAAUUGUUUUAUGGUUUUGUUUUGUUUUUAGUUAAUUUUUCAUGUGCCCGAUAAGUUUUAUAGUUAGAUUUUUCAUAAGUAAUAAUUAAUUAGUUAAAGUUUUGGCCAGUGAUUUAAUUAGAUAAUCGGAAAGUUUUAGAUUUAAUUUUGAAACCAAAUUUCACAAAAAUAUUGUUCUAAUUCGCCUAGGUUAAUUAUUAAAGGAUUGCGAAAAUAAUUUUAAUCUCUGUGGACGAAUCUUAAAUAUUAAAACGGUGAUCGUGCGCUUGCGAUUAAUAAAGGUAAUAUUUCUAGCACAUCAAGUUUUUGGACUUCCCAAUUCCUUUUUUUUCUUCUUUUCUUUUCCUUUUCUUCUUUUUCUUGCAUUUUCUCUUCUUUCUUUAUUUAUCUACAAUUUCCUGAAAUAAAAUAAAUAAGCGAUUAAUACUACGAAAAUAAACAAAAAAUAGGCACUUAAAUAUGCAAAAAUAUGGACUAAUCAGCUAUGCUCCACACAAAAGUCUUUAGGUAAUUUCUACAUAAAAUUGGAAAAUACAAUAAACAUAUUUGCAUGCAGCGAAGUGUCACCAAAAAAUUAAUAUAAUCAACAAAUCAUACAAUUACUCCGACUGUAUAGUCCUUUGCAAAGUUUGGGCAUACAAACCUAAUUUCCUCAUCUAUAUCCAUCUCAGAUUUUCCUUAAAAAAUCUUACUGUAAGCCACAAAGACCAAUCUAAAAAGGAAAAGAAAUGCAAACGAAGAUUUAUACUACCGAAGAGUUAACAUACCUUCUUUGUUGUUCAUUGCUGCCAUUUAAGAUUUGCUCGCAGAUUGCGAAGAAGUCAUGAAAUUAAACUCUCAGCACCAAGUACAGCUGAACAAAAUGAAACUGAAAGGACUGUUUUCACAGCAGUUAUUAAUAUGACUUUGUAGUACUAACUCAUAAGGUCAUUUCAUUGUUCAGUGGCUCAAAAAAAAUGUAAUGAUGGCCUAUACUGCAAGCACCCCGUAGCCCAGCGCAAGUUCAAGUGCAUCCCCCAAGUUUGAUAAUAAACUAUACAGUUUGUAAUAGUUUACUAAUUCGGUUCAUUUUUUCAUUACCUUUUUAAUUCUAAAUUUUGUUUUAAUCGUUUGCACAAAAUCAUAUUUCAAAGAAAUACCUCAUUUUAAUAUAAUAGCCAUGUAAUUUUACUUAAAAGCAUAAUAACAAAUUAACAUCAAAUAAAUAGCAUAACCAUUACAAAUUCUUUAUUUACCUAUUAAAUUUUUUGAACCAAUAAAUAUCAAAACAUCUACCCGUUGUUGCUACGGAAUAGUAAAAGAAAAAUCAAAUUAGAAAAAAAUACUUGAGUGAAAGUCAAUUUAAUAUGUGCGAAAUACAAAUUUAAUCUUUCAGCUUCUCCGAACAUUACAUAAUUACUUGACAUAUGCGAAUAAUUACUUCACAUAUAAUGUGACCAACCGUAACCUGUGAAUUUUAAGUAAUUUUAAUUCUUGAACUAUAUUCUAUAACCUAUGACAAAUGAAGUCAUAGUUAUAUAUUCAAAAAAUUAUGACAACUUCAAAUUUACUUAUCAUGCCUACAAUUUUUACUUAUCAUGCCUACUAUUUUUUACUUAUUCUAAUACAAUUAAUAUUCUAUUUAUUACAAUAGGUCAUGCAAAAUCUUAUUACCUUAGAUUUUUAAACGAAUUUCAUUUUACAAAUAACUUAGCGUUGUUUUAUAAGUUACUUCAUAUGUCCCAAUGAAUUGUAUACAGUCUCUUUUUUUGGGACGUCCCGUCAAUUAUAUACAUACCAAAAGCAAUAAGUAUUUAUUUAUACAUAAAAGCUUACCUACACCCACUACUUUCUUCUACAAUACCCAUUUUAUACCUUAAAUAUUAGUUGGUCUCACCACUUUACUCACACUACACUAAUUUUACACAUUAAAUAUUAAUUGGUGCCAACACUUCAUCGAUUUUUCUUACUUUUCAUCACUAAAUGAGACUUUUUCUUCACCUCCGUGCCACUCCUCAUAUGUAUUCUACUCACCAGGAUAAAAGCAGUACAUAUUUAACUGCACCAUUAUAAUACACGCAAAAUUUUUCGUUGUUUUAUAAGUGACAAUUAACGUAAACUCCAUAUUCAUUGGCCUGCAAACCUAAACUAUUUACUACUGUUUGUAAUAAGUACUGUGACAUUACUGCAGCCAAACUUCGACUGACAGUUUAGCCAUGUACUUAGAGAUAAUUAUCUGUUAUUUUAUUGACUCCUUCCUUCCGAAGGAAGCUUUUUCUUACAUAUCUCACAGCUGUAACUCCCACUUUUCACAUUGUUCUAUUACCUUGCUCAUUAUUCAUAUAACAGCACUGGAAAACCUAGGUGGACUUUGUAAGAGCAUUCAACACUCCUCAUUACUCCUCUCUCAACAAUAUUCAGGCUAAUUGUAUCAAGGAUUUAACAACCACGCGCUUCGAUUGGAUAUGUAGACUGCGUUUACAAACUCUUUGGAGUGGAAUGAACAAAGAAAAGAAAGAUUUCUGGGGAAUGAACAUGAUAUUUAUCGAUGACUCAAACUACAGGAUUCAUGCGUUUGCCAGUGUUAAAUAUUGUAAAGAUAUAAUUGAGGAAAUGAAAGAAGGAAAAAUUUAUGUGUUGGCUAAUUUUAAAGUGAAAGAUUAUGUUGGAGAUGAGACAUCACGUCCUGUUCGAAACAAAAAACAUAUCUACUUCACAACACAUACAAAAUUAGAACAGGAUCUGGGUGUUGGACUGCGAAUUGAGAAGCAUGCUUUCGAUUUGUUCUACCUUGAUGAAGUUCAAAAAUUAGAAAUAGAAAAUCGGUUCUUAAUAGAUGUUGUAGGUCAAGUUCAAAAUGUUCGAGGAAACAUAAAAGCAAAGCUGAGAGUGAGAAGAUACUAACAGAAUUCGAGUUGUUCGACGGAAGGCAAUCUGUGGAAGUAACAUUCUUCGACGACUUUGGCGUGUAGUUUGAAAUGACUUUGAGAAUGGCAAAGCAACAGGAAGUCAUUGUACUCAUAAGUGCUGCAAAAAUUGGACUCUAUGAGGGAGCACCUAAUCUGACAAACUAUCCCGCAACACGUAUACACAUCAACCCUUCUCAUCACUGUAUACUAGAACUGCAAAAGAGCUUGAAGGAGCCUACAUCUGAAGCUGCAAUGUCACCACCACCAGAAGAUGUAAAUUACCCAACAAUAGAGAGUGCUAAUUUGUCAACUUUUUUACAGACCAGAGUUAACUGUAAAGUUAAGGUCACUAAAGUUAAGGAAGGGUCUUCAUGGUUUUAUGCUGUCUGUACAAAGUGUCCAAAGAAAAUAUUGAGGGACCAAGGAGUUUUCAAAUGCACAGACUGUAAUCGAAUAAUCCCAUAUCCUGACAAGAGGUAUUAGUUAUGAUUUUGCACGGACUAUGAUUCAUUUUACACUGAUAAAUAAUGAAAAUA